CACCCUCAUGUAUUCCCUCCCAACAUGGCACCCACACGGAAAUCAAUAACCAACCCCACUCUAGUACCAAUGUUUUUUUUAUUACUGUCAAAUUGUUUACAUUAAAAGAAAAUCAUUUUUUUAAUAAUGAUUCGAUGCCAUAUAUUUCAACAAAUGUAAACUACUUUUUUUUAUCAUCAACGAUAUCGUUCUGUAUAUCUUUACGAAACAAGAGACGAACGAAUAAUAAUUACGAAUACAUACGUUAUAUUUAUUUAUAUUCAAUUUUUAUGUUGAAAGUGACAUACAGAUUGAUUUUUUAAAAUAGACAGGAAUGUAAUCAUGUGUAACUAAUAGAAAUUAUCCAGACAAUUUCAAUCAGAAAUGCCUUUACCAAGUGGAAAUAAAGAACCGGAUGACAGUCAAACAUGGGAAUUAGCAGAAAGGUGUUUCCUUCCAAUCGCAUUUUCACAUGCAGUUGCAGUCAUCUUAGCGACUGUAUUGAAUACAUUAGGUAUAUCACAAACAUCCAGUUUCGUGCUGUUCCUCUUAUUACUGGUCAUAUCCAUAGGAUCAACGUUAUUUUAUCAUAAUUUGAAGGUAACUGCUGCCGGGAAAGCAAUUCUUGUUACUGGAUGUGAUUCAAGAGUUGGAUACACUUUAAGUAAACAAUUAGAUGAAUUGGGAUUUACAGUUUUCGCUGGAUUCAGUAACAAAGCAGAAAAUGAUGAAGCAAUGCAGAAGUUAAAACAGGAAACUUCUGGAAGGUUACACAUAUUACAGUUGGAUAUUACCAGCGAGCACGAUAUUCAUUCAACUUUUCUUUAUGUUAAUGAGAAUUUGCCAGAUGGGGCACCAGGUUUAUGGGCAUUAGUACAUGCUGCGGCUUGGGUAACUUUGGGUGAAUGCGAAUGGGUACCACCUUCUGUAUUAAAACGUAGUAUAGAUAUUAAUUUUAUUGGUCUUGUUCGAUUAACUCAGGUUUUUUUACCAUUAAUUAGGAGGUCAAAAGGUCGUGUUGUAUUAGUUAGCAGUCUAUUGGCUCGCAUACCAAGCCCGGUUCGAGGAAUUUAUUGUGCAGUCAAGGCUGCCGUGGAUGCUUGGGGAACCUGUCUUAGAAUGGAAAUGAGAAGAUGGGGUGUAGAUGUGGUAAUUAUUGAAACCGGUGAAUAUGUAUCUGGAAAUGCAUGGUUAAAAGAUAAUAGUUCGUUGCUUGAACAAGCUAGAGAUAUGUGGACUCAAUUAGAUCCUCAAACUCGUAAAGAAUACGGUCAAGAAUUAUUUCAGAAAGAAAUGUUAGCUCUUGAAAAAUAUACUCAAGGCCCAGAGGCAGAUUUAACACCAGUUACAAGAGCUUUAACAGAUGGUAUAGUAAAAACAUUUCCAAUGAGAAGGUACACUCCAGUAUCACGUAAAGAAAAGAUGCAGGCUUUAUGUAGCGACUAUCUUCCAAAACCAAUUUAUGAUAUAUUGUACACAAACUAAUUGGAAACAAAAACACAAACCAACUCAGAAUAUAGAAGUUUGACAAUUCAAUAAUUAAUGUUUAAACAUUAUGUGAAACUGCCGAUGAAAAUAUAAUUUAUGUAAUACUAAAAACAAUACAAUUGUACUACUUUUAUUUUCAGAUUCAUUUUCACAAAGGAAGAACAAAACUGAAAUGAAAUAAUAAAAGGUAUAAAUUAUUAUACAUCUUCCACAGAGUGAAAUAUUAUUUACUCUUUUCACCUCUACUCCCUUUCCCCC